GCUGUUCUGUUGGGUGAUGCUGGAUGUGAAGGUAAAAGGUCAGCCUGUGUAACGUGUCAGCAGGCUGUCACCAUACCGGUGUCACUCCACCCGCCGGCUGUUACUGUAACACACGUCGGUACUGUAGCUGACCUCGACGUUGUCUCAAAAAACAAAAUGGCCAAAAAGCGGAGGGAAAGACGAGAGACCGACGGUUUGUCCUCGGCACAGGAGGAAGUGAAGGCGAAUGCCAGUGACUCACAAGCACUGAAAGAGGCUCAGCGUAGUGCAGGGGGCUCAGCUCGCAUGUCUCUCCUGAUUCUGGUUUCUAUCUUCGCCUGUUCUGCCUCGGUCAUGUACCUGGUCUACAGGAACUUCCCAGAGCUUCCUGAUGAUGAAAUGGAGAAAAUCAAGAUCCCUAAAGACAUGGAUGAUGCCAAAGCUUUGGGAACUGUGUUGUCUAAAUACAAAGACACGUACUACACCCAGGUGUUGGUGGCCUACUUUGCAACAUAUGUUUUCCUCCAGACGUUUGCGAUCCCUGGAUCGAUCUUCCUCAGCAUCCUGUCUGGAUAUCUUUACCCUUUCCCCUUGGCUCUUUUCUUAGUCUGCUUGUGCUCUGGCCUCGGUGCUUCCUUUUGCUACAUGCUGUCAUAUCUGGUGGGCAGACCCAUGGUCUAUAAAUAUCUCACAGAAAGAGCACAGAAAUGGUCCCAGCAGGUUGACAAACAUAGAGAUCAUUUAAUUAAUUACAUCAUCUUCCUGAGGAUAACUCCCUUCCUUCCCAACUGGUUCAUCAACAUCACCUCUCCUGUCAUCAACGUGCCUCUGGGGGUUUUCUUCAUCGGUACCUUUCUGGGAGUGGCGCCACCGUCCUUUGUAGCGAUCAACGCUGGGACCACGCUGUACAAGCUGACCACAGCAGGCGAGGCCGUGUCCUGGAACUCUCUGGCUGUGCUCGGCGUCCUCGCCGUGCUCUCCAUCUUACCUGUGUGCUUCCAGAAGAAGCUGCAGCAGAAACUAGAGUAGAACACUGUAAACACCUCACCCCCUCCCCGCCCUCCUUCCCUCGGCUCAGGAACACGCAGCUGUCGCUGCCGGAGCCGGUGGGAGAGUCUCCGACCGCCGGCACAUCGAGGACUCAUUGACCACAGAAUGCAUGCAGUGGUGGGUCGUUCCUGAUGUUUAGUAAAGUAUAAACUGGCCGCUGCUUGCACAAGUUUCUGUGAAUUAUGUUGUUGAUUGUGGCACAUGUUGUACAUAAGAGAAAUUGCAUUUUUUUUGUUUUUAUUUAAGCCUCUGCUUCUUAUCGUGUGAUUCUUACCAGACAGUUAAAGGUGCUACUUUUAGGAUGUUAGAGUAAAAAUGCAGGAACCAGUUGUUUCACACUGUGUUUCUCUUUUCCUGCUACAAACUGCUAAAAGCAAUUUCAUCACUACCUUCCUUUUGCUUUGUUUUUAGUAGUUUUCCAUUAAUAUUUGCUCUGGCAGUUGCACAUCAGUUACUACAUCCUAUCUGUAGCACCUUUAAAGUCCCCCCCCCCCACACACUUUUUAAUAUUUAUUUUAACAUGCUCGUGUCUGAUUUCAACUGAAUGACGUGUACCACCACAGCAAUAACUGUCACACUACUGUCGAGAGUGGGUUUUAGUUUUUUAAAAAGUCGAUUUUGAUACCUGGUACUUGACUUUACAGUGUGAGGAAAAGAUGAAACUGCAGUAAGUGCUACUUUUGUUGAUAUGUGGGCCAGUUCUCCUUCGAAAGGUGCCUGGAUCCACUGCUACAUCAUUUUUAGUUUUACCCAUUUCUCCUCAUGUUUGUAGCUUUUUGUUGCUGUAACUUGUAAAGAACAGACUGAGCUGAUGUGAUAAUUCCUCACAGGACAUCUGAACUGCAGAAAGCCAAACAGGAAACUUUGCCCAGCUUAAAUUGGUGUUUUGAAAAAGGAGGCGAGUGUGGAUCAUGUCGACACAGAUGAUUAAUAUCUGGUAAGAUGCACACAGUCCAGUAAAUUAGAAAACUCCAGGGUUAGAUGUGCUCUCAGAUUCAGUGUGUUCAUCUCUGCCUCUUGAUAUUGAGGCCAGUAUAGAAGUGGAGAUGUUGGUGCUGUGGAUGAUGCACCAGACUGCCAACACACAGGUAUCCCAGCCUUACCUUCCUUUUCCCGUUUCCACUCUUCACCAGGAGAAACGUAUUACGAUGCCUGAUGCCUGUUAGUUUGUGUUUUAUUGUUUAACCGAUGAUUUUGUUUGAUAGAAACUUACUGAAUUUUUCUUUCAGAUGUUGUUAGUUUUUUUUUUUGCCUGUGUACCAAGGUAACUUAUUGCUGCUGUUUAAAAACUUCUCCAGUCUCCAGACAUGUUGAUGCAGUGAAUGUACUUGGAGGUAACAAAUCUUAUAAGGCGCUUUUCUUUAAUCUCUUAAAAUUGCACAUUUUUAGAGGCAGUUUUUUGGUGCGUUUUGAGAUUUCCUGUUUUUACUUUCAUGUCUUAACACUCAGCUGAUUUACUGUGUACUACUGUACAGUUAUUAACCUCUCAACCCCAGAUUUGACUACAUGAACAUCAACAGUUCUGCUCUGCGAGGGCUCCGAUGUCUUAGCGUUAGCUGCCCUCGUGUGUUUUGUAGCUACAUCAAAGACUGCUGGGGUGUUUUUAUGGGUCUUAUGGUUUAUGACAACUGAAUUUACACACCUGACCUUCGUUGUUGUUUCGGAAACCUGUGGCUCAGGUGGUUAAAUCAAUAAGUAAAAGUAUAAACUGGCCCUAAAGAUGUUUUCUUCAUCUUUAAGUAGAAGCUAGAUGAUCCUCCUCUUACUCCUCUGUGAUGCUAAAUCUGACAACAAAUGAAAAAAAGGAGAUUUUAAGUGAUUUUCUUCUUGUUUGCUAAAAAAAAAAAAAAAUCAACCUAAACCUAUUCUGGACAUAUACUCAAAUUAGAUAUGUUAUUUUUAAAGAUGUGAGAUAAUUCUUGUGUAACCCUCUGUUAACAUUUCAAAAAGCAGUAUUAUUUUGUACUGAGCAGUGAUGUAUUGCAGUAUGAAGUGUUUACAGAUUGCACAUUUCUGUCCUAUCUAAUCAAAAUUAUGUUUUUUUUUAAAUAUAUUUAUUGAAUCAUUAAAAUGAUCUUUACAGAA